AUGUCCCUCAAACCAAUCAAGCUCUACUGGCGAAACUAUGUCCCCAACCCAGCCAAAGUCCUCAUCAUCCUCGAAGAACUCCACCUCCCCUACGAAGCCUCAUGGGUGGAACUAGAGGAUCUCAAACAAAAGCCGUUUACGGAUGUGAACCCCAACGGACGGGUCCCGGCGAUAAUCGAUCCCAAUACAAACAUCACCAUCUGGGAAUCCGGCGCUAUCUACCUUAUCGACACCUACGACAAAACCAACAAACUAACCUACACCACCCUCCCUGAAAAAUACCAUCUAAUCCAAUACUCCUACUUCCAGGCCUCAGGCCAAGGACCGUAUUUUGGACAGGCGGCGUGGUUCAAUCUCUUUCACCAGAACAUAUACGGUGAAUCCCCUGAAUCCGCCAAAGUGCGAUACGGAGCAGAAGUCAAGCGUAUCGCAGGGGUGCUGAACACUAUCCUGAGUGAGCGGGAUUGGCUAGUAGGAGAUAAAUGCACGUAUGCAGAUUUGGCUUUUGUGAUGUGGAAUCUACAGAUUGAGUUCUUCAUGGCGGGGAGGACCGGGGAGGAGGCGUGGAGGAAGGAGGAGUUUCCGUACUUUACGAGAUGGCAGGAGAGGAUGUUGGAGAGGGAGGCUGUUAGAAAGGUGGUUGGGGUGUUGGGGGAGAAAGAAGUGAGGAGGACAGGGUUGUGA